AAUGAAACAAUAGCUGAAGAAGGAAUACAACCGCUAAAGCAGUUUGUUAAGGCUUCAGAAGGAGUACUAGAUAAGGAUAUUAGUGCAGGUGGCGAAACUUCUGUCGCUGAUAAGAGGCUUAAAAGUAAAAAUGCUGAUAUUUCCAAUUUACAUACCGAUUCAGCAAUUAAGUCCAUUAAGGAAGAAAUGAAUACUAUAAAACAGUUUCAAAUCCACCAAGAAGCAACUUCUGAUCAGUUUUCCGAUUCAAUUGUUAAUAUGAAGUAA